AUGGCGACGAUGGAGGUGAGGUUGCCGGUGGCUCGCAAGCGGCUGGCGCAGAGUUUGUCCCGCGGGGCAGGAGAGGGCGACCGCGACCUGGUGGCCCCCGGCGACACGAUCACCACGGACCCCGGAUACAUGAGGGGCCAUGGGACUUACCUGGCCGACGAGAAGCUGGUCGCAUCGGUGGCCGGCGUCGUGGGCAGGGUCAACAAGCUAGUCUGUGUGAAAGCUCUGAAAACAAGGUAUAAUGGUGAAGUUGGCGACAUCGUGGUUGGACGCAUCACAGAGGUUCAGCAGAAAAGAUGGAAAGUGGAGACCAAUUCCCGGCUGGAUUCUGUCUUACUGCUUUCUUCCAUGAAUCUCCCAGGAGGGGAACUGAGGCGAAGAUCUGCUGAAGAUGAGCUGGCCAUGAGAGAUUACCUUCAGGAAGGGGACCUUAUCAGUGCAGAGGUCCAAGCGGUGUUCUCUGACGGGGCGGUGUCACUGCAUACCCGGAGCCUGAAAUACGGAAAGCUGGGCCAGGGAGUCCUAGUCCAAGUGUCCCCGUCGCUCGUGAAACGGCAGAAGACGCACUUCCACGACUUGCCCUGCGGGGCCUCUGUCAUCCUCGGCAACAACGGCUUCAUCUGGAUCUACCCGACGCCCGAGCGGAAGGAUGAAGAGGCCGGGGGGUUCACCCCCAACCUGGAGCCUGUGCCCCUUUCCGACCGGGAAGUGAUAUCCCGCCUCCGGAACUGCGUCGUCGCUCUGGUCACACAGAAGCUGAUGCUGUAUGACACCAGCAUCCUGUACUGCUACGAAGCAUCCCUUCCUCACCAGAUCAAAGACCUUAUGAAGCCAGAGGUGAUGGAGGAGAUCGUGUUGGAAACUCGGCAGAGACUACUAGAACUCGAGGGAUGAGUCCGAAGGGGGGGGGGGGGUUCAAGGCAGCACUGGCUCUUUCCUUUCAGAGCCAGCCUCCCCAGAGUUUCUUUUUUUGGAAUGGAAUUUUGGUACAGAUUUUCUUAAGCCCUGUAUCAAAAAGAAAAGGAAUUUCUUAGAAAUUUUGUACCAAAAAGAAAAGAAACCUUGAAGGAACAAGGAGUCUUUGGAUGUCUCUCUCUCUCUCUCUCUUUUUUUUUUUUUUUUACCAAGAACUGCUAAAGCUGGAGAGGCGUCUGCCUUGCAGCAAGUUUUGUGACAAGGUGCGGAAGGCACCUGCCGUCCAAUCCCCUUACCUGAAAAUAUACCAUAAAAAUAUGCUCAGGACUCGGACAUGAUGGGGAGUCAGAUGGGAAAAAAUGUUGCCAUUGUUCUCAUCUGUUCCCUUUGUCAUGGAUAUCUGCACCGUUCCUACAUUUCCCUUACGCUUCCCCAAGGCCCAUCUGAGUUUUGCUGCAAAGCCUGGCCAGCAACUGAAGCACGGGCUGGGUUUUGGCAUCGACAAUAGUCCAGGAUCCAUUUUGACAGCAGGCGCGAUCCCCAGGGUGAAACGAGGAUGCAAGGGAUGAGUCCCCCGUUGCGGAAAAGGACAGCUUCCGGGUCCCCCGCCUUCCGUUGCCUCUUCAUCACGUGGCAGGUGUCUAUCCUGCCCCGCAGCGUUGCGAGCCAUUAAUGUCCCAUCGUCGAUUAUGGAAUGUUGCUGGUGAAAGUGCUCAGCGUGUUUACAGUAGGAAGAUGUGUGGGUGCAUUUGUGCGCGUGGCAGGAUGGCAGCAGAUGCUCACCCUGCAGAGAAGGGUGCGUGGGCCUGGGCAGCACCUUCCUGGCCCCCCUACAGGGGCGGGAGCUCAACGUAUUGCUGGGUUUCUGCAGCAGCUCGAUCACCGUGGGGCCAUGGAGACUCCAGCCUUGACUAGGAGGGCCGCGUUUGGCCCGCAGGUUGCCCACCACUGCGAAAACAUGCCGUUCUGGCAUAGGGGUUGCUUGGAUCCAGGCAAGCCAGAUUUGGAGUGGGCAGGCUUGUCUGUGGGGGCCGCACCCCCUGGAUGCCCCCACGGCACGUGGCUUGGAGACUGUGCAGCCCGUUGUGUGACCGAGCGAUGCUGCGUGGCAAACACCUCCAGCAGCUCAAACAAGGCCCCUGAGCCGUGAGUCUCCAGGGUGUUCCUGGAAUAUCCCCGGGAUGUGUGGGCUUUGUUCAGCUUUCUAUCCCGCUGCUCCAGGCAGGAGGCCAAGGUGGAGCAGCAUCUCGCUAGGCUUCGGGCCUUCUCCUGGUUUGCCCCCUCACCUGGCCGCAGGGCACACAGAUCCUUUUUGUCUCACCCCAGUCAGAAGGCAGCUUUGCAUGUGAACUCCUCCACCCUGUGGGGAAGUCCCUUAUUUUUGUACUGGAGAUGUUUCAAAACCCUUCAAUAAACUUUUCAGUUUAAAAUUAAA